AUGAUGCAUCUCAUAACUAAGUUUGAAAACCUGAAGAUACAACUAGGAGCCAUAAAAUUAGCAACCGACAACUUUGCGGAUGAAAAUUGCAUCGGUAGAGGUGGGUUUGGCAAAGUAUACAAGGGAGAGCUUGUUCAUUCCAAAGGACAGAAGAUAGUUGUUGCUUUAAAGCGAUUAGAUCCAAAAUUUGGACAAGGAAACCCUGAGUUUUGGAAGGAAAUUAUUAUGCUUUCUAUUUACAAGCAUGAAAAUAUUGUUUCUCUAUUAGGGUUUUGCGACGAGAGUAACGAAAAGAUCCUUGUAUAUGAGUACGCAUCUAGGAGAAGUCUUGACUCAUAUCUCAAUAGAGAUGAUCUAACUUGGAAUCAAAGACUUCAGAUUUGCAUUGGGGCAGCUCGUGGACUAGCAUACCUUCAUAAUCCUGGUGGGACUCAACAAAGAGUGUUACAUCGUGAUAUUAAGAGUUCGAACAUCCUACUGGAUGAGAACUGGAAUGCCAAGAUCUUAGAUCUCGGUCUGUCCAAAUUUGCUCCUGCCAAUCAACAACACACCUUUCUUGUUACCAACGUCGUAGGCACUCUUGGUUAUUGUGAUCCACUAUAUAUUGAAACAGGUUUAUUAACAAAGGAAUCAGAUGUUUAUUCUUUCGGGGUAGUGUUGUUUGAAGUGUUGUGUGGGAGGUUGUGUAUAAGUAACAAAAAUGGUAUUCAUCAGUCGCUAACAGGAUUGGUGCGACACUACUACCCUCAAAACAAGAUGAGUGAUCUUAUAUAUAGUAACAUAAAAGACGGAAUGAAUCCCAGAUCAUUAGAUGCUUUUAUCACAAUAGCGUAUAUGUGUUUGAAGAGAGACUUGGAAGAACGCCCGUUGAUGGCCGAUGUCCUUAGAAUACUUGAAAGUGCACUCGAAUAUCAAAAUCAUGAUAAAAAGGUUGAGAUCAUGCAAAGGGAAGGUUAUAGUUCAAGCCAGUCUGAUUAUUAUCGAUUAAAGGUGAUUGCAACACUUACAAAUGGUGAGAAUUUUCAUUCAUCCGACAUUGUAACAAGCAUUGAGUUUAACCAUGAUGACAAACUAUUUGCUACUGCUGGCGUUUCAAGGCGUAUAAAUAUUUUUGACUAUUCAACGAUGGUUAAUGAACCCUCGGAAUUACGUUUCCCUUUAGUGGAAAUGCCAACUAGAUCAAAACUUAGUUGCUUGAGUUGGAACAAGCAUACAAAGAACCAUAUAGCUAGCAGUGAUUAUGAAGGAAUAGUAACCAUCUGGGAUGUAAAUACCCGACAGGGUGUGAUGGAGUUCAAAGAACACAACAAACGUGCCUGGAGUGUUGAUUUUUCACACCUAGAAUCGUCAAUGCUUGUUUCUGGUGGUGAUGACCAUAAGCAAGAAUCAAGUGUGAUCAACAUUAAAAUGAGUGCAAACAUUUGUUCUGUCAAGUACAAUCCAGGGUCGAGCAAUCACAUUGCGGUGGGAUCAGCAGACCAUUAUAUUUAUUACUAUGAUAUAAGGAACAUAAGCUAUCCUCUUAAUAUCUUUAUUGGCCACCAAAAAUCCGUGUCACAUGUAAAGUUUCUGUCAAAUGACGAGUUGGCAUCUGCAUCAACCGACAGUACCUUAUGCUUAUGGGACGUGACAAGAAACAUUCCCGUUCAGAAGUUGAAAGGUCAUGCAAAUUAUUUAAAUUUUGUGGGGCUUUCUGUAUACCGUGAUUUUCUUGCUUGCGGCAGUGAAACUAAUGAAGUAUAUGUUUAUCAUAAGGCGAUGUCAAAACCGCUGACGUGGCAUAGAUUCGAGACACUGAAUGUAGAGGAUAGUGAUAAAGACAGAGGGUCUGAUUUUGUUAGUGCUGUAUGUUGGAAGAGUGAUAGUCCCACGAUGUUGGCUGCUAAUAGUCGGGGCCUGGUUAAAGUUUUGGUUCUUGCACCAUAGAUCUUGACCGCUGAUUUAACUAGCUCAAACUUGUCUUCUUUUCUAUUUUGUAUAUACUGAUAAGUUUCUUUUAAGUAAGAGAGUAUAUGGUCUUUAUUAAUUUUAGUUUGUAAGAAGGGAAAAGACAUUGUAUGUUAAC